AUGGAUAAAUAUCGUGUACCAAAUCGUAUAAAUUUAUUACGUGCACGUGAAUAUGGUCUUGAAAAUUCUUUUAAACAUAUUGAACAAACACGAAGUCUUGCUAAUUUUACUCUAUGUAAAUAUCGAAAUUUAACAUAUUAUCAUCAUUCAUCAAUAUCAACAAUGUCUUUAGAACAAUCUGAAUAUCGAUAUCUUUUAUCUGGUGGUGCUAAUGGACAUAUAUGUUGUCAUGAUAUGUUUCCUUCACGUUUAAUUGCAACACAUCCAAUUAUUUUUCAAAUUGAUCGAAAUUCUAAUCGAAAUCAUCAUACACAUAAUAUUUGUUCACUUUUAUGGUAUCCAAAUGAUAAUGGUUUAUUUAUAACUCUUAGUUUAGAUAAAAAACUUAAAAUUUGGGAUACAAAUCGAGUAAAAAUGGUUGAUGAAUAUGAAUUUUCUAAUUUUGCUUAUUCAGCUCAUAUGCCAUCAACAAUAAAUACAUCAAUUAUUGCAAUUGCACAUGAAAAUGGAGAUUUACGUUUAAUUGAUAUUCGUACUGGUUCAAAUUCACAUAUAAUUCAUUCACAUAAUAAAAAAGGAAUAUGUUUAGUUAAAUGGUUUAAUAAUAAUCCAAAUUUAUUAGCAAGUGGAGGAGCCGAUGGACGAGUACUUUUUACUGAUAUUCGUAGUUCUAAUAAAUAUUAUAUGAUUCUUGAUCGUGAUAAUAUAUUAACAGAUAAUCAACAAGUACAAAUUCGAACAACAACAUCAUCAAUAGCUCAUCAUCAUGGUAUAAAAUCUCUUGAAUUUUUACCAGAUAAUUCAUAUUUAUUAACACUUGGUACAGAUAAUCAUAUGUAUUUAUGGAAUGUGAAUAAUGGUAAACGUUUACUUGUUAAUUAUGGUCCAAUGUCAACUAAUAAUAUACGUAUAAUAACAUUAGCAUGUAUACAAAUGAAACAUGAUCAAACAAAAAGUCUUGUUUAUGUUCCAUUUGGAAAAUCUAUACGUAUAUAUGAUAUUUUAUCUGGUGAACGUUUAAUAACAUUAAAUGGUCAUUUAUUACCAAUUAGUACAUGUAUAUAUAAUCGUUUAUCAAUUGAACUUUAUUCAUGUUCGGAUGAUAUACUUAUUUGGUCUGAUAUUAAAAAACAACAAGAUGAUUAUGAAUUAUCAAUGAAAAGUCAAGAACAAAAAUAUGAAACAAUUAGAUCUUUAGGACAAAUUUUAAAUCGAGAUCAAUGGAGUGAUGAUGAAGAUUAA